AUAUGGCAAUUGAAAGAAGAGAAAAUAAUUUACAGCACUUGUGCUAAUCUGUCAUACUUGGGCUGAGUUAUUUCUCUUGGUUUCAGAUUACUUAUGGAGGAGUUCACUUUCUCUAUGCCAUUCCCAUCCCUCGGAUCAUCUGCAUGAAUUAUGUUACUCUGCUGUACAUCUAUAAAUAUAUUAAUCAAAAUGUUUCUGUUUUCGCACUCUAAGUUGAGACUUCUUUCCACAAAGGAUUCAUUGCAGCAACUGUAGCUUCAGAGUAUAAUGGCAUCUCAGAUUUGUGCUGACCAAUAUGACAUUUCUAAGGCUGUGCUGAAUGUCAACAAGGAAGCAGAUGUAAAAGAGGAAUAUGAGCUGGAAAUGAAACCCAAUGACAACUGGGAAACCUAUCUUGUGCCUGGGCCGAUAGCCAUAGCUGUUUUAGGAGAAUUAAUUAAAAUAUCAGUAAAGAAUGAUUUUUCAAUUAAUAAAAAUUCUCCUGAAGAUGGAUACAAUUACAUUAGGUACCCAGUAUCCUUCCGAGCCUGUCUUAUGCAUAUAGUAAAUGAAGGCUAUGAAGCAUUUAGUAUGGUACACAAGAAUAUGGAUGAAAUCCAGCUGCACUCCACCAAUAUUCCUGACUACAUAAAGGAAAUUGUUCAGAUUCUUGUUCAAGCAGAUGAUGAGCUUGCAAAAUUAUUACUACCAGACCAUCUGAUUAAUAUUAAAGACAUUUCUGAAAAAUGCACAGCCUUAUCUGCUGCAGCUGAGAACAAAUUUUUAUCUGUUAUUCACACUGUCCUAGAGCUUCUUGAAGCAUGUGUAAAUGCAAAGAAAGUUUAUCAAGAAGAGUUGAAAGAUAUUAAAAAUUCCACUAAUAUAAAAAAAAUGAUGAAAGCUUUAGGCGAUGUAAAGGACCAGUGGGAAAAAAUUGUACGUUUUUUCCUAAUGAUUUCUGAACUAAUAAAAACAUGUCUAAACAAAUCAGUUAAACGGUUAUGUAACACAAGUGAAAAUGUUUCAAAAUCAAUAAAGUACACAUCAAAUUCAUUUGUCAGGGACUUGAUUUAUCAACAAGCUUUACAAGCCUGCAAUAUGGCAAACCUCAUCCACAUGAUUUCCGAAACGUAUACUGAGGUUUCAGACCGUUACAUUAUAGACCUAGUCAUUGGCCUAGGCAGGCUUUUUGCAUUGGACCCUAGUAGCUUCGAGUUUCAGAAACUUGCUGAAGGGUGUAAAACAGCACAGGAAGGAAUACUUGACAUUGUGGAAAAGAAGAAAACAGAGUUUGAAAACAAAACCGAUAUGAGAGUCAAGAAGCUUGAAACUAAACUUGAAGCGCUGAUGCCCGAUCAGCAGAUUGAAAAGAACUUGUCAGCGGGCAUGAGACCUCUAAUUGAAGACAAAAUUUCACAAUUCUUCUAAAUUAUGAAUGCUGAUAUUAAUGAAUCAAAGCCAGAGAUGAACCUGGAAUUGUAAUUGCACUUUUGCAGUUCUAUUAUUAAGCACUCGAUCUUUUGUUAUUAGUGCAAAUUACAAAUACCUGGUCAUUAUUCCGACUGGCUGUAGCACCUUGCAAAUACUUAAUAAUUUUGCUAAUAAAUAACAGGAUAAAAUAAUCUUGUGUAGAUCUGCAGUUUUAUUUACUAGUCUGAUGUAUGAGUUCAUUAAAGUAAAAUCCAUUUAUACAUGCUGUA